AGCCAGCACCUUCCUCCUCCCUCUUAGAUAAUUCUUCUUUCCCUCCCUGGACUGGACCUCUGGCAGCAACUUCAAAGAAGGUGGGAUGGAUAGCCGGGUCUUGGGCACAGCCAAUAAUGGAGAGACAAAGCCAGUGUUCCCAGUCAUGGAAAAGACGGAGGAAGGCGGCACCCUGGAACGGGGGCACUGGAACAACAAGAUGGAGUUUGUGCUGUCAGUGGCCGGGGAGAUCAUUGGGCUGGGCAACGUCUGGAGGUUUCCCUAUCUCUGCUACAAAAAUGGGGGAGGUGCUUUUUUCAUCCCCUACCUCAUCUUCCUUUUCACCUGUGGCAUUCCUAUCUUCCUCUUGGAGACAGCACUGGGCCAGUACACAAGCCAGGGAAGCGUCACAGCCUGGAGGAAGAUCUGCCCCAUCUUUGAGGGCAUUGGCUACGCCUCCCAGAUGAUCCUCAUGCUCCUCAACACCUACUACAUCGUUGUACUGGCCUGGGCCCUCUUCUACCUCUUUAGCAGCUUCACCAUCGACCUUCCCUGGGGAAGCUGCCGCCACGAGUGGAAUACAGAGCACUGUGUGGAGUUCCAGAGGAUCAAUGGCUCCCUGAAUGUGACCUCUGAGAAUGCCACCUCUCCUGUCAUUGAGUUCUGGGAGAGGCGGGUCCUGAAGAUCUCUGAUGGCAUCCAGCACCUGGGGGCCCUGCGCUGGGAACUAGCUGUGUGCCUCUUGCUUGCCUGGGUCAUCUGCUACUUCUGCAUCUGGAAGGGGGUCAAGUCCACGGGCAAGGUGGUGUACUUCACAGCCACAUUCCCUUACCUCAUGCUGGUGGUCCUGUUAAUUCGAGGGGUGACACUGCCAGGGGCAGCCCAAGGGAUUCAAUUUUACCUGUACCCAAACCUCACGCGCCUGUGGGAUCCCCAGGUGUGGAUGGACGCGGGCACGCAGAUCUUCUUCUCCUUCGCCAUCUGUGUCGGCUGCCUGACAGCCCUGAGCAGCUACAACAAGUUCCACAACAACUGUUACAGGGACUGCAUGGCCCUCUGCUUCCUCAACAGUGGCACCAGCUUUGUGGCCGGGUUUGCCAUCUUCUCCAUCUUGGGCUUCAUGUCCCAAGAGCAGGGGGUGCCCAUCUCCAAGGUGGCCGAGUCAGGCCCUGGCCUGGCUUUCAUUGCCUACCCCCGGGCGGUGGUGAUGCUGCCCUUCUCGACUUUCUGGGCCUGCUGCUUCUUCUUCAUGAUCAUCCUCCUAGGCCUGGAUAGUCAGUUUGUGUGCGUAGAGAGCCUGGUGACAGCGCUGGUGGACAUGUACCCCCAGGUGUUCCGUAAGAAGAACCGGAGGGAGGUCCUCAUUCUUGGAGUGUCUGUCGUCUCCUUCCUUGUUGGGCUGGUCAUGGUCACAGAGGGCGGUAUGUACGUGUUUCAGCUCUUUGACUACUAUGCAGCCAGCGGCAUGUGCCUCCUGUUUGUGGCCAUCUUUGAGUCCCUCUGUGUGGCUUGGGUCUACGUAGGAGCCGGGCGCUUCUAUGACAACAUUGAAGAUAUGAUCGGGUACAGGCCUUGGCCUCUUGUCAAAUAUUGUUGGCUCUUCCUCACACCGGCUGUGUGCACAGCCACCUUCCUGUUCUCCCUGAUCAAGUACACCCCGCUGACCUACAACAAGAAGUACACGUACCCUUGGUGGGGGGAUGCCCUGGGCUGGCUCCUGGCGCUGUCCUCCAUGGUCUGCAUUCCCACCUGGAGCUUCUACAAACUCAGCACCCUCAAGGGCUCCUUCAGAGAGAGACUUCGCCAGCUCGUGUGCCCAGCUGAGGAACUGGCCCAGCAGAGCCAAACAGGACCCUCUGCCCCUGCCUCGCCCAGGACAUCACUUCUCAGACUCACAGAACUAGAGUCCCACUGCUAGGAGGGUGGGCCCUUGGACAGUGCCUGUGGGGCUGGCCUGGGGACAGCUGCACAAGGGGAGGGUGGGAGCAGUCCCUCUGUGCUUUUUCUGUCUCCCACCUGGGGUAGACUAUUAGAUAAAGGGGGUAUUCUGGAACCACCUUCUCAGCUGGGUGCCUCCCACUCCAAUUUCCCUGCCCCAGCAGUGGCUGAGCAGGUGUGAAAUGCCAGUAUGCACAGCAUAGCCUUUGAGAGGAGCCGAGGAAGCUGGGUGAGGGCUGGUGGGUGGGCUGAGAGGUCUGUUUGGUUUCUGCCCCUCUUACCCUUCAUUCCAUUAAAUCAAAGUUCUUCCCGCUGACUGUGAGCA